AUGGCUGGCUACAUCGGAGUGCUGCACCCUGUUGCUGAUGCAAGCCUCUCCGCUAUAAUUGCUAUUUAUCUGAGCGGUGCUCUUUGGAUCGGAGGGCUCGUCGUCCGAUACUUCACCCGGCGCCGCAUGGUUGCGUAUAUCGAGAGCGACAUCAAGCACCAUGACUCCACUGAGAUCCGAAUUCAUCAUAAGAAACCACUGUCUCUCUUCCCUGGCUGUUACUUCUAUCUCUCUUAUCCAAGCAACUUUGGGUUUAAAUCUCUACAUUUCAGCAUGUUUGUAAACAGUUUAGCCCUGACGCCUACAAGAGACCCCGGAAAUAAUGAUGGCCAAAUUUCAUUUGUCCUUUCGCAUAGGGACUCUAAAGCACGGCUUUUGCGAUUUCCUGUUGGUCAGCAAAUUCUUCUAGACGGGCCUUAUGGACAAGAUAUUGAUGCUACAGCUUGUACGACGAUGGUGCUUGUAGCUCAAGGUGCUGGGAUUGUCGGCGUUCUUGCCUUCGUAUGCCGUCAGGUGGAACGAUUUAAAAGUAAGAGUGACCGAAAAGAGAAGCUUAGAGUGGAUGUCCUUUGGGUACUCGAUCAUUACAUCCAGCAGGAUUUAGUCGGAAGUCAACUCAGAGAGCUGCAAGAGUUGGAUCAUUGCAGUAACACUGUCGUAUGGCUUCUUUACCCGCCACAUACGAACGACGCAGCUAUAAAGCUGCCAUUCAAGGCGAAUGACAACUACUGGGCUUGGUACAAAACAGAUGAUUAUCUAGCCUAUCUUAGAAGCUUGAUGCAAGACUGUCCGUCUGAAAAUUGUAUUGUGAUAGCCUGUGGGGAUCCAAAAUUCAGCGCUACCGUGCGCAGGGAAAUAGCAGCCAAGGUGGAGCCAGCCCUGCGAUUUGCUGAGGUGUCUUAUCGGCCUAGACAACCAUCAAUUCGUCGGCCCUCGGAUGAAGAAGCGGACUUGGCUUCAGACAGAAGAUCUGCUUUGACCCAUACCAAGCGAAAUCCGACCGCUAAUGGCAGCAAGCACCGUCUCGCCGCAGCAAAAAAAGUCUUUGGAAAACAAUAUUUCUGGACAGUACGACUGUAUUGCCCCAGAGAUAAAAAUGACCCCCUUAUGCGUAUACAGACACAAGGAUUCUUUCACCAGACGCCGCUGUCAGAUGGAGAAAUCUACUGGCUGUUACGCUGUUACAAUUAUCGUUGUGGACAGGACACCGACCCCCCCUGGACCCAGCUGUCACCAAGCAAAGAGAAGAACCUACAUAUGCUCACACGGAUUACAACCGAUAGGGGCAUCACGCUUUACAAGCAUCAAGGCAUUCUAUACGCGCUAGACUCAGUCAUAUCACUUUUUGCUCUACGAAAUGGGCUGCGGCUCGGUAACUGGCAUAAAAUUCUUAGAUUGAGGUGCCCUGAACCAGUGAUACACUACCUGAAUCGUAUGCGUCGUCAAUGGAUAGCAAUAGCUCAGAAUGUGCCUGGCUUCUGCGCAGAGCCCAGCGAUAUCCAAAUACUUGAAUUCCUCGCUCCUUCGAUUCCUGGUGAUCGAAGUAAGAUUCGGCAUUUGAUGCAAGAGAACCUUUUGUUUCCUACGAUCACCGACCGUGCUUCGCGAGAAGUUACUCUCCAAAACAUCCUCUCAGUGGAAGGCAUUAUCACGAGUAUGAAGACAUUCCACACAAACAUGAACUACUUUGAAAUCGCGGUAGACGUUUUAAGACAGCAUAUCAUGCAGGAAGGGGAGGAAGCGAAGCACUCAACGCUUUUCCAGAACUUGUCUGCCCACUGGGAUCACACCAAAGCCGUCGUGGAGUAUAAAGAAGGACACUUUCGCCAACUGACUACUACCAACUUCAAAACAGCUGUAGUGCAACUAUUUUUGUUCGUGCUAAGGCAUUUCCCAUAUUUAUCAAAUGCGCAGCCACUGCAGGACGGACGAGGAGUGAGGGCCGUAGCUGCUGCAGCCGAUGAGUAUUUUCUCUAUCGAUUAUACACCUUAGCCAGCCGGUUGGGGUUUUCUACUACCAAGAUCCGUCAAGGAAUCAGAAAGAGGAAAUCACAAUACUGGCCUCGAAGGUAUGUAGUCAAUGAGCAUCAUCGGAGAUGGAGAGGUGGAAAGCCGCCUAUGAGAGCCUUCCUUGACCUGGAGACGCAAGCCUUUCUGCCUGCUAUAACGCAAGCCGAAAUAGACAAGGAUACGCCAUUAUUCGUGCAAGCUGACUUCAUCAGCGCAUUUUUUGGUAAGGUAGUCUAUCACCUAGAGGAAGAGAUUUUAUCCGAUCAUGAUUCUCCUCCUCCUUCUUCCAACAACUCUUGGUAUACUGGGGUCACCGACCAAUCCUGGUCCCCAACAAAUGCCUCGAAGCAUCAAGAGGAGAGAAUCUCAUCCAAAGCUCAAGAGCGAUAUCAGGACGAAGUGUCAUAUCCAGAUCUCCGAAACAUAUCCAAUGGCCAAGACUUAGUUUCAUAUCCGACACUGCCAGAUGUAACAGAUUGCCAAACUUCAGUUCUAGGAUUUAAAGGUGACCAGAACCAAGGUCCGUACAGUCCACCGCACCCCAUUCCUGGACGUUCCUUACUUCAAGAUCCCGGAAGUCAAAAAAAGUCAAAUUCUGCCAGACAGUCGUUAGGACAUUUAAGUACAACUCACCCUGCCCACUCUCUUUUCAUCACGAAUGGGCACGAUGCUCCACUUAUCACUGUUCCCUUCCCUCUACCUCCUACUGCUCCAAUCCUCCCUCCAGGUACCACUUCCACUUCCUCUAUCAUAACUACUCCUCCACCUACUACAGCUCCUAUUCCUCCAUCUAAUAUUACUUCUACUCCUCCUCGACCUCCUACUGCUCCAAUCCUCCCUCCAGGUACCACUUCCACUUCCUCUAUCAUAACUACUCCUCCACCUACUACAGCUCCUAUUCCUCCAUCUAAUAUUACUUCUACUCCUCCUCGACCUCCUACUGCUCCAAUCCUCCCUCCAGGUGCCACUUCCACUUCCUCUAUCAUAACUACUCCUCCACCCACUGCGGCUCCUGUUCCUCCCAAUCCUACUGCUUCUAUUGCCCCAUCAACUGUCUCUCCAACUCACUCCGCUACCACUACUCCUGCUCAGCCCAUAGGCUUUAUCCGUAAUCAUCCUAAUGCUCCGGAUCAUGCUUCCUGUUCGCCUCGGCCUGCAACGUCGCCCUCGGUGGUGGUUGAUCCGCAUCCUCUAAGCACACUUGCUCGGCCUUCUCGCAACCCGGCCCCCGAAUACAUUUCUCCAAGGAUUUCCGCUCCUACUCGCCCCCCUAUUCCUCCUCUGAGUGGCGCUAUGGCAGAUUCCCCCUCGAACAGCUCGUCAAGUUCUACUUACAGCAUUUCCCAUCAGUCAUCUCAUGACGAUGGUAUCCAGACCAGACCUGAAAUAAGAAAUGCUCCGAGGUUUCGGACUAGAGUUCCACCAACAGUGCCAUCAAAACGACCCUCACCAGAGGUUGAAGAACGAGAUGACCGACGAACUCGUCCACACUACAAUGAACAGCCUCCAACCGGCCCGCCACGGCCUCCAGAGCUCAAUGCAGUAUCCGCCAAUAGCUCUAAGACACCACACAACCAGGCACUGGGCAACCCCCUGUUGUCCGGGCUUCCCAGUGCCGGACCAGCUGCACAAAUGAUCCCCGACUUUUCCGACGGGAGACCCUCUGGUGUAUCUAACACAGGGACUCAUAAUGCAGGCAUGACGCAAGGUAGAAAUCUAACGGCCAGGAGAAUGUCAAAGACAGGUUCUACACACACCGCUGAUAUCGAACGGGGGAGGUCUCAAGGAUCCUAUCGAAGAAAGAACUGGUAUAUGCAGAAGCAAAAGCUUUCAUGGCAGCGACAUUUCCAGCAGGGUGCAGAAAACACCAGCCCAACCUCUAGAGAUGCGUUUUUGGCUGAGCAAGGUCAGCUCUUCGAUGACUUCUACGCUAAGCAGCAGAGAACACCAUCAAAAGAUGCAUUUCUUGAAGAACAGCAAGCUGUUUUUGAGCAAUUUCGAAACUUUCGCCCAACCGAGCCACAUGAAGGACACGACAUUGAACUUCCUGAUCGGCCCAAUUCGGCGGAAGAAUUUAUGAGCUGUCAGGAAGAGCUUUACCAAAGAUAUCCCGGUAGGCAUCCAAAGCUACUUCCAACGCAUAGUUCCAGCAGCAGCGGAUCUUCAGCUGCGCCUCCAAAAGAACACCAGACGCCGAUCAAUCCAUGGGAAUAUCGCGAGUCACAGCAAUUCUAA